GCCCAGGGUGGGUUCUGAGGGUAGUCAUCUCCUGGUGCAGUGUGCCACUGUCCCCCACCCCCCACCUAGCCACACUGGAGCUCUCUCCAUAUAUAAACAGAUACUGAUGAGUUACUGGAAGGGUAAUGAAACUUGUGCUGGCUUUGCCCUGAGGCGGAGUCACCCUGUUUGUCUGUUUAGACCCCUUCCAACCCCACCCAGGUACAUGCCGCCUACCGGCGACAUCGACAUCCCCGAUUACAACCCCCUCGAACACGACGAGCAAGCCUACCGCGAUUGUUGCUACAGAAUAAUGGCCUGUCAAGCUCCACAAUCACUGCAUUUGCCUGCCAAAUUGUCCACUGGCAGGUAUUUGCCUGUUAGGGUCACCAUCUGUUCUGCUGAAAGCAGCAUCUCAUACUCUUUAAGGACAGAAUCAUCAAAGCGAUCAAAUACUGCAUAUUCCAUGCCCAUGUCUUUGGCUUUCUUGAAUUCAUUGAAAUUCCAGUUUGUUCAAAAGUAUGCAUGCUCGCCAAGGGAUCUUGCAAACAUGGUUUUGCCAAUUCGAGUUGGACCA